AUGGCGUCGCAACUCUGCCAGGACGGCGGCUCGCAAGGCGAGUUGAACCGCCGAGAGGGAGAGGAAGAAGAAGCAGGCGCCGACCCGGGGCGGGGGACUCGGGAGAUUUGGCAAGAGGACGACGCCGGCCGCGCUGCAGGUGGCGUUCAUGAUCCUGGGCGCGAUCGCGGAGCUGUCGGACGAGGCCCCACCGAAGAGGCCGUGGCGGCGGCGCGAGACGAGGCCUCCACGUUCAUGGCCUACUUCCCGCCGGAGAUAGAGGACUCGGUGAUCGCCAUGACCAACCUGGAAGCGGACAGGCGCAGGCCCGCCAUCGACGGAUGGAAGCCCAUGGGCCGCGUCGAGUUCCGAGCCUACGUGGGGCUGCUCAUGCUCGCCGGCGUGUACAGGUCCCGGGGAGAGGCCUGCGAGAGCCUGUGGCACGCCGAGAGCGGCAGGUCCGUGUUCAGAGCCACGAUGCCGCUCAAGACUUUUCGAGCCUACUCGAGCGCGCUGCGCUUCGACGACAGGGAGACCAGACGAGCCGGGCGAGGCGACGGCAAUGGCGGCGAUAGCUACGACAAACUGGCCCCCAUCAGAGCCGUGUGGGAUGAGUGGUGCGCGAGGUUGCCCGCCAUGUACCGCCCGGGACCGGAGGUCACCGUCGACGAGAGACUGGUGCCGUUCAGAGGACGGUGUCCGUUCAGACAGUACAUGCCCAGCAAGCCGGCCAGGUACGGGAUCAAGAUAUGGGUGGCGUGCGACACACGUUCCAGCUAUGCGUGGAAGAUGCAAGUCUACACCGGCAAGCCCGACAAGCGCGGCCCUCCCGAAAAGCACCUGGCCACUCGAGUGGUCGUGGACCUCACCGAGGGACUGACUCCGGGACGCAACGUCACACCCGAGAUCCCCAGAGAGCUGCGCUGCGUCAAGGGCAGGGCCGUGGGCUCCGUCGAAUCCGUGGUACUCGGCGGCUCCGCGGGACGAGGAGGAGGAGGACGACGAGGGCCCGACACGAUCAUCCUCUCCAACGUGGCCAAGAAGAACAAGAACGUGCUGCUCCUCACCACAGCUCCCCGUUACCACCAUCGCUCCGGCCCCGAGCCCCGGCCUAGCCGCCGCAUCGGCGACAGCAACAGCAGCAGCAGCAGCAGCGGCGGCGGCAACAGAAGCAGUGGCGGCAACAGAAGCAGCGACAGAAGCGGCGCAAAACCGCCCUUGGUGCUGCAUUACAACCGCACCAAGGGAGGCGUCGACAACCUGGACAAGGUCGUGAGCACGUACAGCUGCAGGAGAAACACCCGCAGGUGGCCCGUGGCCCUUUUCCACAACAUGGUCGACGUGGCGGCCUACAACGCGUUCGUGCUGUGGAGGGAAAUUCACCCCGACUGGAUGCCGGGCAAGCUCAACAGACAACGGCUCUUCCUCGAGCGACUGGGCAAAGCGCUCGCGCGCCCCAUGCUCGAAGCCAGGGCGUUAGCGCGAGGACCGGGAGGAGGCAGAGUCGCGGCCCGAGGCACUACCGCCGAGGCAGCCUCUAACGCUACGCCGCGCGACUCCUCUCCGGUCAAGAGGCGAAGGUGCCGCGUGUGUCCCAGGAGCAAAGACGUCAAGACCAAGAUCCUGUGCCGCGAGUGCCGAGUGCACGUGUGCACCAACUGCGCCGUCACGUACUGUCCCAACUGCGCCGCUUCUUCCCGCACCGCCGCUCCCCAGACGCCAUCGACGCCGUGA